UGACGAGAGUCCGCAUUACGUCAUCUCGCAAAGGCCACCCGUGUGCGUGUGCGCGCUUUGUAAAGCGCGAACAUUCCCGACAACACAAGCGAAUACGACGAGAGGUGGACGGCCGCUUGCAGCGAUGCGUCGACCGGUCACGAAGGAAGCCUGAUAGCGGGCUGCAGGACACGGGGGGCUGUGUUGGUCGUCGUGGGAUUCCCGGGUGGAGGGGGACGAUGUGGCGUGACAUGCUUCGGAAUACACUGUGAAUGAUUGAAGACUGCGGGUGGAGUGGCGACAACAUGGCAGACAGGAGGCAACUGCUCGUCGAGAUGAGGGCUCAGGAUUUGGACUCCAUUCGACUGUCGACAUACAGGACAGCCUGCAAACUGAGAUUUGUGCAGAAGAAAUGCAACUUGCAUUUGAUUGACAUCUGGAACGUCAUCGAGGCCUUCCGAGAAAAUGGCCUCAACACCGAGGAGCUCGAGGCCGAGCUUCCCGUGGCCCGCCUGGAAGUGGUGCUGUCAACCAUACUGUACCAGCUGAACAAGCGCAUGCCCACCACGCACCAGAUCAACGUGGAGCACUCCAUCAGCCUGCUGCUCAACUUCCUGCUGGCAGCUUAUGACCCAGAUGGCCACGGCAAAAUAUCUGUCUUUGUUGUGAAGAUGGUCCUAGCAACCUUCUGUGGAGGGAAAAUUCUGGAUAAAUUAAGAUAUAUUUUUUCAUUAAUAUCCGAUCCGGCGGGAAUCAUGCUGUAUACGCAGUUUGACCAAUUCCUGAGGGAGAUUCUCAAGCUGCCCAUGGCUGUCUUUGAAGGGCCGUCGUUUGGCUACACGGAGCAAGCGGCCAAGAGCUGCUUCAUGCAUCAGAAAAAGGUCUCGCUCAACAUUUUCCUGGACUCGUUGAUGUCAGACCCGGCUCCUCAGUGUCUGGUGUGGUUACCCCUCAUGCACCGGCUUGCCAAUGUGGAGAACGUCUUUCACCCGGUCGAGUGCUCCUACUGCCACACUGAGAGUAUGAUGGGCUUCCGCUACCGCUGCCAGCAAUGUCAUAAUUACCAGCUCUGUCAGGACUGCUUCUGGAGGGGGCAUGCCAGCGGUCCCCAUAGCAACCAGCAUCAAAUGAAGGAGUAUACAUCAUGGAAAUCCCCGGCCAAGAAGCUGUCUCAUGCCCUCAGCAAGUCCCUGAGCUGUGCAUCCAGCAGAGAGCCUCUUCAUCCCAUGUUCCCCGACAUGCCGGAGAAACCUCUCAACCUCGCCCAUAUUGUGCCACCAAGACCAAUGAACGUCCCCAGUGAAUAUUCGUUUUCCAAUUCAAUGCCAACAUCAGGGAACCCGUACUCCACCAAAAAUUUGCCUUACAGCAGGAGUCAUGAUAUCGCUCAACAUCUGUUGAGAGGCAGAGGGUUACACUGCAACCUGGAUGCAGUUGACAGACUCGCGGACGAGCACAUUCUCAUUGGCCUCUAUGUGAAACUGCUUCAAAACAACCCCAAAACAUGUUUACUGGAGAGCAGCAACCAUCAAGACGAGGAGCACAGCCUCAUUGCCCGCUACGCCGCUCGCCUGGCUGCAGAUGCUGCAGCUCAACAGCAGCAGCACAGAGUCCCCGCAGACAUGCCGUCUUCUCUCGAUGCCAACAAACAGCAGAGGCAGCUCAUCGCCGAGCUGGAGAGUAAAAACAAAGAAAUCUUGCAGGAAAUUCAACGACUGCGCCUCCAGCAUGAAGAGGCCUCGCAGCCGCCGCCUGACAGGGGUCAGCAGAACCCAACACUGCUGGCUGAGUUACGACUUCUCAGGCAACGCAAAGAUGAGCUUGAGCAGAGAAUGUCGAGUCUGCAGGAGAGUCGCAGGGAGCUCAUGGUGCAGCUGGAGCAGCUAAUGAUGCUUCUCAAGACUCAGGGUCCCGGCUCUCCACGCUCGUCCCCCAGUCACACCGUCAGCAGGCCCGUUCCCGUGCCCAUUCACUCUGACUCAGUCGGCACCACCCCGACUCACACACCUCAGGACUCUCUCAUGGGUGUGGGAGGCGAUGUUCAGGAGGCCUUUGCUCAGGGUCCCAGGAGAAAUUUGAGAAACGACCUCCUCAUCGCUGCUGACUCCAUCACCAACACAAUGUCAUCGCUGGUCAAAGAGUUGAAUUCAGAGGGCGGCAGCGAAACUGAGAGCACUGUGGAUUCCGACCUCGGCCGCGGCGACACGUUUGCAGCAACAGCAACAACCUCAGAUCCCUUCCUCAGUUUCAAGCCCAGGAUCGCCUCUGCAGAACAUGAAGACAUACAUUACAGGAAUGACCUGGAGCGCCAGCUGGAGGACGAGCUCAAGUUCGAGGAGCUCAUGAAGCACAGGCAGGAACCGGACAAAGCCUGCAUGAUGACACUGCAGCAGUGAUGGCGGGGAUCCUGGACACUGGGCAAGCAAUAUCAAAAGCAACAAUAAGUGACAACACUGGACGCAACGACACUGGCCUGGAUUCUAUAGCAUAGAAUAUACAUUUGUGUAAAGAAUCUAUAUAUUUUUAACCAACCUCAUGGUUAAGGUGAAACUGUGAGCCAAUGAAUAAAUCAAGAGAUUAAUAAUCACCGCACGCUCUACUAUUAUUAUACCACAGGUGCCACAUCAACCAUGUGCUUAGUUUUUUGCUGUUGUUUGUUUUCAUUUGUCUUGUUAAGCCAAUGUAGAAAUGUACUGUUUUGUGUCUGUGUCUCAUAUGAUUUUUGAUCCAAUACAAUUACAUUUGAGUUGUAUUUUCUUAAAUGCACAGUGCCAAACUGGUCAGACUUUACGACUACAUUGGAACCUCGGUUUUUGUGUGUAAUCCUUUCCAAGUAGUCAGAAUAUUUUCUUUAGGAAAUUAAUCUGUUCUUGCCAUUCCAAAAUUGUAUACAUAGAUAAAACUAGCAAUCUGAAAUACAAAACAAUGGUGAAAUGAAAUGAAUAUGUGAAUAUUAAACUUCACUUGUAGCUCUAUUGUAGACCUUCAUACCUUGGGCACACAAAGAACUGAGGUUCCACUGUACUGUCUUUCAAUUCAUUUUUACACUUAUUGUCAUGUUGUAUUUGAAACCUUUAUUCGAUGCGUUAGUGAUGAUAAUAAUAAUACACUCUGCCUUAGCUUCUUGGAUGACAUUUCAGUGGACUUCAGUCAAGCCAUCCUUCAAAGGAGCAUGUAGCAAACUUUCAAAAGCAAUGUGAGUCCUUUUCUCUUCACUGGGAAAAAAAUCAUAGUAAAAUCUAAGAUGUAGUUAAACAAUGUAAUUACUGUCAUGUGAUAAUUACAGUUAUUUCCGCUCAUAGUGACUACUACUUAACGACAGAUGGGGAAGCAUUCGAUUGCAAUCUGUCAUGUCAACCUGGAGUUAAAACCAAAGCAAAAUAUUGUUGACAAUACUUUGAAUGCUUAUUCAUCAAAACACAGUCCAAGAUCAUUUUGAAUACAGCGUGUGUGGUAGGACACUGCGCUUGUUUUUGUGGCUGCACUUUUGAUUAGCAUCAGAUUUCAAAUGGGCCCAGCAGUUUACUCCUAAAAUGUUUAUGUGUGAACAUUGAUCUGAGAGAAGUAAACAGUUACUACUGUUGUUUGUUUGUUUUUGUUGGUUUUUUGUGAUCUGAGGGGGCACUUAUUUCUCCCGAUCAGACCCGUGACUAAUUUAGGUACAUAAUUUAUGGAAGGCACAGCCAGUAUUUAAGUACUAAAUAACAUGAUCAAAAAGGAAAAGUACGGUAAGUGACUUGAAUUCAUUGGAAAAGACAAUUGAUGUCGCUAUGUGGGUGCUACUCUUUUGGUCAGCAACAGAGUUUAAAUGGGCUCAGCAACAAUUGUGCUCAUGACCUGAAUUGAUGACACUCAUUACCUGUUAGUUAUUAUUUUUAUUUUAUUUUAUUUUUUUACCCAAUUGGGGAAACCGUCUUUAUUUAAGGGAGAUGUUUACCUCGUAACUCAUUUGAGCAUGGCAUCUAUUGGGAGCACAGAUACGAUAUGUGGGAAUCAUGUCAAUUAUAGAAUAUUAGAACAAAAUUUGGCGAAAAGACUUGAAUUCAUCCAAAGGACUCUUGAUGUGUUUCGAUAAGUGCUGCAGAGUUCCAAUGGCAUCAGCAUUAAACUGAAACAGUAGUGUCCAUCCAUACGAAGUGAGAUAAUUCCAGCUACUAUCCUGCAUUUUCUGUUGGAUGGUAUAUUUGGCUCAAGAUGGGCAGUGUCUAAUUGUGGUGGCCACUUGUUGAGGAAUUACUGUAAAUUAUGUAAAUUAGUCAUUUUAAAAAGAGUAACCAAAUUCAUGUUCAGCACUACACAGUUUAUAAUCAGAUUUCUAAAUUAAUGCUGCCCUUUCUUUUGUAAUUGUUUCAUGUGCUCCACUCGCAUUUAAGUCAGUGUAAACUGUUAGAUUUGCCUGCUGUCUAUACAAGUGUGAACGUAAGCAGGAUGUCGUGAGCGGAUCGAGGGAGCUGAAUUGUAUUUUGGUUACUGCAGUGGAAAGAGGUCAAUAAAAAGAGUGUUGCAAAACGCU